AUGGCUGAAGAAAAUGACCAGUCCCCUGGUUCUGAACUGGAGGAUCCCACGUCCACGACACCUCAGUCUCUCGCCAAAGCUGUUCAUGCCCGACGAGCAGAAUUUGUACGUCCGCAUAGCCUAAAGGUCAAGAUCGGGACGUGGAACGUGGCUGCUUGCACGGGCACUGAUAAAGAUCUUGCGACCUGGUUCACAUGCGGCGAAGGUUUAGACCAACAAUUGACAAGCCUCAAUCUCGCCCAAAAUAGUGCUGUGGAAAGGGAUAACAACGGCGAUGGGACCUCGAAGCCGUUGCACCUGACUGCUGGGGGCGACAUUGGUCUUUACGUGCUGGGUUUGCAGGAAAUUGUUGAUCUCAACACGACUAAGGAGUAUAUGAACCGUGCAGUUUAUACAGAUACGACUGUUAUGGAUAAAUGGAAGCUCGCCCUAGAGGCUGCAUUGCCUCCAGGGUACGAACUUAUCACAGCGGAGCAGAUGACUGGCUUGCUGCUUCUAGUAUAUGCUUCUCCGGAAAUUGCGCCUACGAUCAGCAACGUCAGUACGAAGCAGGUUGGAACUGGUCUACUAGGCUAUUUUGGAAACAAGGGUGCAGUUACGACACGACUACUGCUUGGUGAAACAACUCGCAUGGUCUUUAUAAAUAGCCACUUGGCUAGUGGUGCUGGCUCUUCUUAUUUAGACCGCCGGUGCUGGGAUGUUAGUCAAAUUCUCUCGCGAACUCAGUUUGACCCAGUCAUUCACUCGGGUAUUGAGGAAGAGGAAGGAGAAAAGAUUGGCGAUGAGGAUCUUGCUUUCUGGUUUGGAGACCUGAAUUUCCGCUUGGAAGGGUUACCUGGGGACGAUAUAAGACGGCUGCUCACGCUGCAUGCCCGAGGCGAAUAUGGCGCGGGCGAAGAGUCACAGCCCCCUGGCGAGCAAGGUAUAAUCGUCAUGAAGGGUUCGGAUAGUGACGAUGAUUCGUUAUCAACAAAGCGGUCACUGCAUUCGAGGGAGGAAAGCUUUGAUACUGCAAGCGAUCUACCAGAUCCUGAUGACUUUCCCGAAGACCCCAGCCAAGAUCCUACGUCUUUGCAGGCCACGAUCGAUUCUUUGCUUCCCCAUGAUCAAUUGCGAAGAGUUAUCAAGCAGCGGAAAGCGUUACAUGAUGGCUGGCAAGAGGGUUCAAUUACAUUUCUCCCAACAUACAAAUACGAUAUUGGCACUGUUGGCCUCUUCGACUCGAGUGAGAAGCAAAGAGCUCCAAGUUGGUGCGACCGCAUUUUAUUCAGGACUCGGAAAGAUAAGCAGGAUUACGAAACAAAGAUUAGAGAGGAGGCGGAAGCCAAGAAAAAGGAUGAAGAGAUGAAGUCUAGGGGAAUUGAGGAGGACGAGGAUGUUCUUUUCAGCUACGAUCCUGACGCAGAUGGAGAAGACCCCGUGGCAUCGACUGACACGCUGGGAUAUGACGAAUAUGAAGAUAACGAUGAGCCGGAAGCUGAGGAAAUCAUCACAAAAGAUGGGUUCCAUGAUCGUAUAAACCUGGAGAUUUAUGCUUCACAUCAGCGUAUCACGUCGUCAGACCACAAACCCAUCACAUCAAUCUUUACGCUUGACUAUGACGCUGUUGUGCCGGACCUUAAGGCCAAAAUUCAUGCGGAGGUGGCGCGAGAAUUAGACAGAGCCGAGAACGAGGGCAGACCAGGCAUUACGGUUGUCGUGGAAGGCAGUGAAGGGAAUGAGGAUAAGAUUGUUGAUUUUGGCGAAGUUUAUCCCCUUGAGAAGCAGACCCGUCACUUGACGGUUGCUAACACUGGGAGUGUCGCGGCGACCUUUUCGUUCGUGACGAAGCCGACAACAGAAGAUGGAGACGAUACUGUUCCUGAAUGGCUGAAGACGAUAUUUAUAUCUGCAGACGAAGAGUCCGAUGCCUCUUUGGGUGCUACAGUCACACUUGAUCCUGGAGACACAGCUUCCGUUUUGCUGGAACUUCAGGUAUCUGCCAUCCCCCACAUUCGCGCCUUGAACGAAGCUCGCUCCAGGGUCGAAGAUGUCCUGGUUCUUCGCAUAGAAGACGGCCGGGAUCACUUCAUCCCCGUGCGUGGAACUUGGCAGCCAUCUUGUCUGGGACGCUCUAUUGCAGAGCUGAUAAGAAUACCGGACGGCGGUAUUAGGAAGUUUGUUGAAAAGAAGGACAUCAAGGGGGCAAUUGCUUAUGACUCAGACGUGCAAUGCUCGGCGCCAAAAGAGCUGUUUAAGCUUACAGAGGUGGUGCAGACUCUUGUGGAGCGCAGUCUUGCUGAAGCUACGAUGCUUGAGGAAGAGGUGUUGCCGCGGGAUCCGGGGUGGCCGUUGGAGUCUUCGACUUGGAGGGUAGGGGAGUCUGAUAUGCAGGAUGCAAAAGUCAAACUUGUGUCUGCUCUCGACAACGAUGCAUCUCUUCUUGAUGCGCUUCCGCUGGAAUGGCCCGCUUCCUUCAAAUUGGAGGUUGUGUCUUCCAUCCUGCUACUUUUCCUCGAGUCACUUACUGAUGGACUCGUCCCUACUCAUCUAUGGGCCAAGAUAGCUAUCUCACUACCCAAUGUAGCCUCUUCGUCUGUGGGUGCUUGGUCUGAUACAAAGACGCAAAUUCUCGACAUUCUCUCCUCAGCACCCAACCACAAUAUCGCAUUUGUCUUCCUCACAGCUACGCUAUCUCGAGCAGCUUCGGACCUCACCCCUGUGACAAAUGAGCCCAAAGGCGGACUCUCUCGACGCUUGAGUUUCCGUCGUGGGAACGCACAAGAUGACGACUCCAAGAAGCGACAGAUGAGAGAACGUAGGUACGCCGAGAUAGUAGGGCCACUGGUCUGUCGUGUAGACGACAAGGACAAGGGAGCAAAGGAUCGAGCGCGGACGGUCGUGGAAAUGUUCAUAAGGCGUGACGAGAGCUAG